AUGCCGAGACGAAAAGCCCUUCCGAAAGAUGUGGACGAAGACACAGCUGGUGCCCACGAAGCCUCCAGGCCAAAGAGGAAGCGCAACCCUUCCCUCAAGCUGAGAGAGAUUGCGGAGGAUGAGGAAAUCACAGUUGCACCCAAGAGGAGAAAGUCGACGACCAAAGACGACGAAGAUGCCGUGAUCGAAAUAGAUCCUCCCCAACCGGAGCCCGAGUCUGAGCCUGAAUCCGAACCUGAGCCUACGCCUGAACCCGAGCCAACGACGACGACGCCCAGGCGAAGAGGGAGGCCGCCUAAAGUCGCCCCGACAACACCCAUAGAGAGGCAGGCAGAGACACCCUCAAAACGAGGACGAGGCCGACCGAGCGCAAGCACCGCCGUGACGCCCUCGAGGUUACUAGACGGAAAUGGCAUCACGCCCCGCAGGCGCAACGCCGCCGACCGCUCGGCCCGGAAGAAGAGCAUGAGGGCGCUGAUACGCAACGUGGUCGACGACGAAGGCAGCGAGGACGAGGAGCAAGAAAACCUCGCACGGCAAAUCUACGAAUCUUCCGACGACGACCGCGACGAUGGCGAGGGGUCAGAGGAAGAAGAGGAGACGGAUGCUGCGACCAGCGCGCCGGAUACACCGUCCAAAACGACGCCCCGUCGCGGUCGCGGACGCCCGAGGAAGAUCAAGUCACCCUCGCCGCCGAGAGACCUACCCCCCCACGAGAUGUACUUCUUCCACAACAAGCCCGGCAAGGUGAAGACGUCGGACAACACGCUCGCAUCGCUGGACCUACUUACGCACGACGAAUACUUCUCCUUCUGGCGGGACUACGAGGAUCCGCACGCCGAAAACCUGCGGUUCCUCGAGUCCAUCCACGUCGACUCGUUCCCGCAGUGGGAAUUCGAACUGUCCGAGGGUUUUACGGUGUGUCUCUACGGAAUGGGAUCGAAGCGCUCCCUCAUGCGCAAGUUUGCAACGCACAUCUCCAAGAACAAAUCCAACCGCGACGACGAAGCCGGUCCCAAAAUCGUUAUAGUGAAUGGCUACGUCCGCACCAUCACCCCACGCGACAUCCUCUCCACCAUCUGGUCGGCCCUCGAACCCUCCAAACCCGUCCCCGGCGCCCAACCCGCCGCCAUCUUCCAAUCCAUCACCUCCCACCUCGCCAACGCUUCCCCCACAACCAACCUCACCAUCCUCGUCAACUCCAUCGACGCCCCUCCCCUCCGCAAACCCUCCACCCAAUCCCUCCUCGCCCAACUCGCCUCCCACCCGCAAAUCCACCUCAUCUGCUCCGCCGACACUCCCGACUUCCCUUUCCUCUGGGACGUCUCCCUCCGCUCCACCUUCAAUUUCGCCUUCCACGACGCCACCACCCUCGCCCCCUUAACCGCCGAGCUCGACGUAGUCGACGACGUCCACGAGCUCCUCGGCAGAGCCGCUCGCCGCGCGGGAGGUCGCCAGGCCGUUGCGUUCGUGCUGAAGAGCUUGACGCAGAAUGCGAGGAGCUUAUAUGCUUUGCUCGUCGCGGAGGUCUUGACGGCGCUGGAUGAGGAUGGAGGAGGAGGGGGGGAUGGUGGGGAGAAUCCCGGGUUGGAGUAUAGGAUUUUGUAUAAUAAGGCUGUGGAGGCUUUUGUUUGUCCGAGCUCGGAGAUGGCGUUUCGGCAGCUUUUGAGGGAAUUCCAUGAUCACCAGAUGAUUACGAGUAGGAAAGACGCGUUGGGCACAGAGCUUAUCAGCGUGCCGUUUAGAAGAGAUGAGAUGGAGGCGAUAUUGGAGGAUAUCGAGUCUUGA